CAACCCUGUAAAUUUCCAUUUUUCGUCAUGGAGGUCGAAGGAGCCACGCGAAUACCCGCUAUUGCUGAACUUGCCGCAAGUGCUAGAAAGGCUUUUGUAGACAAAUUUCAAUGUGAGCCUGAGUGUGCCGCCUACGCCCCGGGAAGGGUGAACUUGAUUGGAGAACAUACCGACUACAAUGAAGGAUUUGUUUUUCCAAUGGCACUUCCACAGGUUACAGUGAUUGUGGGUAGGAAGUCUGAAGGGAACACCUGCCGGGUUUUAACUCUUGCUGAUUCUGUUGAUGAUCCCAAAUAUGUAGAAUUUCCGGUACCUUCUGCAGAGACCCCCCUUAAACCUGGCACUCCGAAAUGGGCAAACUAUGUUAAAGGAGUUGUGGCAAAUUUCAGAGGUUCUGUUGUCCCUUUUGAUGCUGUUGUAAUUUCCUCAGUCCCUCUAGGUGGGGGCGUUUCCAGCUCCGCCUCUGUAGAGGUGGCUACUUACACUUUCCUAGAUGUUCUCACAUCGGGUGGCGGAGAUGUAUCCAAGAAAGACAAGGCCCUGGCUUGCCAGAAGGCAGAACAUGAGUAUGCUGGGAUGCCUUGUGGAAUAAUGGACCAGUUUAUUUCAGUUAUGGGUCAAGAGGGGCAUGCCCUCCUCAUAGAUUGCAGGUCAAUGGAGGGUCAUUUGGUGCCAAUGAAUGACCCAAAUGUGGUUGUCAUGGUAACAAAUUCAAAUGUCAAGCAUGAAUUAACUGGGUCAGAAUACCCAACAAGGAAGAAGCAGUGUGAAGUGGCAGCACAAUUGAUGGGCAAAAAAAGCCUGAGGGAGGCAACUAUGAAGGAUUUAGAAGACAUGAAAAGUAAGCUUGAUGACGUGACAUAUAAGAGGGCUCGUCAUGUUAUUGGGGAAAUUUUACGAACUGAAGAGGCAGCAAAAUGUUUGGAGCUCGGUGAUUACACAAGAUUUGGGAAACUGAUGGUGGAGAGCCACAAUGCACUAAGAGAUGACUAUGAAGUCUCCUGUCCAGAACUGGAUGAACUUGUGGUGGCUGCCAUGGAGGUAGAUGGGGUGUAUGGAUCCAGGAUGACAGGUGGAGGGUUUGGUGGAUGUACUGUUACCCUGCUAAAGAAAGAGACUGUGGAGAAAGCUAUUCAACACAUACAGAAGCGUUACAGUCAGAAGGCCACAUUUUAUGUGUGUCCGCCAGCUUCAGGAGCAGCCCCCCUGUCCUUAGCAUGAAGCAAAUUAAAACAAGGACCAUUGGAAGAUAACUACGUUAAUCACACCUUGUAAAUUCUGUUAUGCAGUGAUUAUUCCUAGUAGAAUUUACAUCAACAGUAAAACAUGGUUAUACCGAACCUCCAAGGGCAGCAAAAAAAAAAGUUUGUUAUAUAAACCAAACUUCGUUAUAGCCAAUACAGUUUUGAUUAUUUUCCUCUCAUUGAGGAAUAAAUAUCACUUCGUAUUAAUGUGACAUCGUUAUAAGCAUGUUUGUUAUAAGUGUGUUUUACUGUUAGUAAAUUAAGAUGUUUCUUGGAUAACAACGGUUUGCAAUGUUGUAAUCCCUCACCAUGUGGGUUGAUUCCAAUAAUUACACGGUAAUUUCACUUUUCUGAAUUAAUAUUUGUGUAAAGUCAAACUUGAAUUUCAUUUGCAUCAAAUAUGUGUACUGUAUACAGGAAAAUUUUUGUCCCACUUUAUUUUUAACGAGACACAUUGAAAAACAGUUUUUCCCUGUUUAGACUUCCCAUUUAGAGUAAUUUUUCUCAGAAAAAAGAGCAAAUUCAAUUUGAAAUCUGCCCAACUUAGAAUGAGGACGAAAGUAGUAAAGGUGAGGAUUCUUACAUACACAGUAUCUGAAAGAAUAGAUAUAAUGGACAGCGCAGAACCCUUUCAAUUGAUUUUCUUCAAAAUAGCAAGACUUGACUGUACAUAACAAUCUUUAUGUGUGCUGUGUAAUGCGUGCUGGUAUAUAAUAUGUAGUUGCUCAGGUUGAUGAUAAAACUGUUAAUUUAUUUUAUAACUUUAUUGGAUUUUCUACAACUCAUGUACCUUCCUUGAAGAAUCUUUGUCUUAGAAAUAUGGGUGUUACUAUUUGAAUUUCAUAUUGUACAUUUGAAUUCGGGAACUUAUACAGUUUUUAGAGGUCUAGUUUAUAUACUUGGUUAUGUAUUGGAUAUCGUUAAACAAUAAAACCAUUUGAGAUGUA